AUGGCAGCCGCAGAUCCAGGUGAGCAAAAGUAUUUCUUUUUCCGAGAUUUAAGUGUGUAUCAAACUCAUGAAAAGGAAGCUAAGGAAAAGGAAGCUAUUGAACAAGGUGAUGGUGCAGAAGUUGUUUCUCUCUGCAAAAAUGUUAAAGAUGAGGAAAAUAUAUGGAAUGAAAAAAUUCAAAACACUUGUGAACAAUUUAUAAAAUAUUUUAUAUUUUGUUCUAAAAAUGGAAAUACUAUGGGUGUACAAAAAGAGGAUUAUUAUAUCGAAUAUUUUAACUAUUGGCUUAACGAUAAAUUAAGAAGUCAUGUAGAGUUGUCCGAGAAUAGAUCUAAGAUAUACAAGCACUUUGAAAAUUUUUUUAAUGGUGAAGGUGCUUUGAGUAAGUUAAAGAAUAAAAUAAAUAAUAUUCAGGAUAAUUAUUAUAAUAAGAUGAAUUCAAUGUAUAAAUUGUAUGAUAAUUAUAAUAAAAUAAAAAAUGUAGAUGAUAAUGAUAGUAAUAAACAAAAAAAUUGUUUGGAUUAUGCUAAUAACUGCGUUACAGAAUAUUCAAAAUAUAUAUCUGAAUGUUAUAAUAAAAAAGAUGAUAAAUUUUGUGAAGCACUGAAAGAAUUUGAAUAUAUAUAUACAACUAGUAAAUAUAAUUUCAAAGGAUGCAAAACUAUAAAUUUACCACGAUUACCAGAGUUCAAAAACGCUGAGGGUGAGAGAAAUGUAAAAAGCCUAGAUAAAUUUUCGCCAUGUAAUGCAGUUGAACAGAAUUCUGAAGCUCAUAGAACGGAAGGAGAAUAUGAAAAAGUACAUUAUUUUUUUUAA